UCGAUGCUCUCAGCUGCACAGUUCAUUGUUGAUUUUCCGUCGCGACGGUGGUGGGUGAUGCUCCUGCAUACAACGAUAAUUUUAUUGCAUUGCUUUCUUCACGCUAGCGCUAUUCUGUUUAUAGCCUAAUAACUGUGUCUGUGAACCGUUUUAUGUAUCUGUGUAUGUGUGAGUGCGUGUUCUUAAAUGUGCUUGUGUUUUAUUCUCGUAAAUGACGAAGUGUGGUGAAAAGUGAAAAAAAACAAAUCGAAAUUUUCCCAACCACACGCGUUGCUUGCGUAUGUGGUCGCGGAAAAGUGUGGCGCUCCUGCUGCAACGCGGAAGUCAGCUGGUUGCUGCUGGUGCAUACUAACAGAGGACCACCACCCCUCACACACACACACACACACACACCAUGUGAUGAUACAUUUCUUUGUUUUGUUUGGUGCUGUGCUGUUUAGUGAUUAUCAUCGUAGAGCGCCAUCUCGGGCAGUGGAAAGAUGUCAUUACACACAUGCUGCAGCGUGCAACCACGGCAACCGAAACCGUUCUGAAGAGUGUGUAUGUGUGAGUGAGAGAGAGGGGUCGAGAGGAGUGUGUUGAAAAGGGAAGAAAGGUGCUGUGUGAUUCCGGAACUGUUCGGAACUGCUUUGUUGUUACUGUCGAAACACACGCAUGCAAGGCCGAGGACCGGCGCCAAAGGAACCUCCACCACGGAUCCUCCCCUGCGCAGCAUUGCUGUGAACGCUGUAAAUCCAUCGAAGGAAAUAAACCAUGGCAUCGUUGAAGGUUGCCGUAAGGGUUCGUCCCUUCAAUCAAAGGGAGCAUGAACUCGGCGCAAAGCUCAUCGUGCAGAUGGAUGGCAAGAAGACGCGUCUGCUGAAACCGAAACUGGGCUCGGGCAAUGGCGUACGGGGUGAUCUGGCGUCCCGGGCCGCCCUGGACCCGUUCAACGACUUCACGUUCGACCACUCGUACUGGUCGGUGGAUGAGCGCGACCCACACUUUACGCACCAGGAGACCGUGUUCGACGAUCUCGGCACGGAGAUCGUGGACUGCGCUUUCCAGGGGUACAAUGCGUGCGUCUUUGCGUACGGACAGACGGGUAGUGGCAAGACGUUCACGAUGAUGGGCACACCGGAAGCGCAGGGGCUAAUCCCGCGCAUUUGUCGCUCGUUGUUCGCACGCAUGAAGCUCGGCCAGGAGGAGGGCACGGGGUACAAGACGCAGUGUUCCUAUCUGGAGAUCUACAACGAGCGGGUGAAGGAUCUGCUCGGGCCGAGCAGUGCCGGGCAUGGGUUGCGGGUGCGAGAGCAUCGCACGCUUGGGCCGUACGUCGAAAGCCUAUCCCAGCAUCCGGUUUCAGACUAUUCGGAAAUCCAGAACUGCAUGAUCCAGGGCAACAUCCAGCGGACGACGGCCAGCACAAACAUGAACGAUACGAGCAGCCGGAGCCAUGCGAUCUUCACCAUCACCUUCGUGCAGGCCCGCUACCUCAACGAUCUGCCGAGCGAAACCGUGUCCAAGAUCCAUCUGGUGGAUUUGGCCGGCAGCGAGCGGGCGAAUGCGACUGGCGCUACCGGGCAGCGGCUGAAGGAGGGUGCCCACAUCAACAAGUCGCUGGUGACGCUCGGCAGCGUCAUCUCGGCACUGGCCGAGCAAACGAAUCCGACCAACAACAAGCGCGUACUGUACAUCCCGUACCGCGAUUCCAUCCUAACCUGGCUGCUGAAGGACAGCUUAGGUGGCAACAGCAAAACGAUCAUGAUUGCGGCCAUCUCACCCGCCGACGUGAACUACAGCGAAACGCUCAGCACGCUCCGGUACGCAAACCGGGCGAAGAACAUCAUCAACAAGCCGACGAUCAACGAGGAUCCAAACGUGAAGCUGAUCCGCGAACUGCGGGACGAAAUCUACAAGCUGAAGCUGAUGCUGUCGAGCGAUAGUGGGGCGGCGCUCGAACCCCAGCUCAAGGUGCUGGAGGAUCUGCACAAAAAGGAGGCCCAGGAGAAGGUGCUGACGGAAGAGUGGACGGAAAAGUGGCGCGAAGCGCAAAGCAUUUUGCGCGAGCAGCGAUCGCUCGGGUUGCGCAAGUCGGGCGUGGGCGUGGUGCUCGAUUCGGAGGUGCCACAUCUGAUCGGCAUCCACGACGACAUCAGCACCGGCGUGACGCUGUACAGCUUGAAGGAGGGCGAAACGACGAUUGGUACGGACGAGGCGCCGUACCCGCAGGACAUCUCGCUCAACGGCAUUGGCAUUGCGCCGGAGCACUGCCGCAUCGUGCUGUCGAACGGCAAUGCGACGAUCUAUCCCAAUCCGAACGCUACCUGUCUGCUGAACGCGAGCAUCAUUGAGGUGCCGACCGCGAUCAGCCAGGGCGACAUACUGUUGCUAGGCCGGACGAACAUGUUCCGCUACAACAAUCCGGCGGAAGCGGCCAAAAUGCGGCAGGAAAGUAGCCACCAGCAGCGGGCGUCCCGGCUCGAUCUUUCCCGACUGUCGCUUAUAGCUGCGUCGCGGGAAAACCUUUGCGCGAGCUUUAUGAGCGACGAUGACGGUGGUGUCAGCGGGUCUUCGCUCAGCCUAUUUGGUGGUGGCGGUGCUGGUGGUAUGGCUUCGCCACAGGGCGCCUUUCGCUUCCGCCAGUACACACCGAGCCGGGAGGAUGCGGAGCUGCAGGACGAGCAUCGCAAGAUACUGCAAACGAUCGAAAACGCUUUGCGGCAGCUAAAUCUGGAGCGCACGCGCAUGCACGAACAGUUCAAGCAUAAGAUAAGGCUGUGCACCGAGGAGCUGGAACGGUUAGAGAGCACCAAGCGCGACCGGUUGACGGUGCUCGACUGCCGGAUCGGGGAGCUGAUGGCCCGCAAGGAGAUGGUGCUGUGGGAAAAGAGCAACGAAAAGACGCAAGUAGACAUAUUAGUGCGGCAGCUGUCCGCGCUGCAAACGCAGCUGGAUACGAAGAAGCGCGAUUUCUAUGAGUACGUCGCGAAAGAACUUCAGGAAUUGCAGGACUGUGGCCGCCUGGACGAGGCAAGCAGCGAACUGAUACGCAAUGCUCCGCAAACGGAAGAUUAUUCGGAAAUUUUGCUACAAAUAUCUCGCUCUCUCGACAACUACUCGCAGCAGUACAUCAAAGAGUUUGUUCGUCGUAAUCGGGAUGAGAUCAAUAAGUACGAAGCGGAGCUGUCCGAGAAGGAGCAACAGCUGGCGGAAAGCACACAAAAGAUUGCCGACCUGGAUCAAAAGAUUAUGGAGCUGGAGCAGCAAAACAGGGAACUAUUGCAGCAGCGAACACAACAAGAGCUGGAAUUGAUUCAGCAGAAGAAGCUUGGGAUGACACUGAACCUCACGCACACAAAUGGUGCAGACGAUGGUGAGGGUACGGGCGAGCAGGCCGGCUUACUGCUGGGCUCAAACCGUGCCGGAACGCUGGAAACGUGCGACACGUUCCACACGGCCAACUCGGACUGUUCCUUCGUGUCCGCGCUUAACACGCCCGCCCUAAACUCGCUGAAUCAACUCAUACCGACACCCAGCUCGACGGAAGACGGUACCGAAUCAGAUACGGGCGAUCGUGACUACGAGGAAGCCACCUCGAACGGGGGCCUGCUACACGGCGGUAUGAGCGACAGCGGUGUGAGUUUCGAAACGAAUCGAGCCACCGAUACGGCCGCAGCACUGCACACGGAGGUGGAUGAAAACGAAAGUGAAGGUAGCGUUGACAGGCAGAGCAGCGGGGCGGCUAGCGGGACGGCCAAACUGCUGUUUCAAUCAGACGACCACUGUCUGCUGCUUGCCACCUCGUCCACACCGAAUCCAAAGUACGGCGGUAAAAAGCUGCCGACCACAACCACGACCGUAAUCGUGACGGAUGGCGGUGGGCUGUUGAAGGCGAACCAGCAGCAACCGCAGCAAUCGCCGCGGAUGCGCCACAAGUCCUCGGACUCGGAGGAGGAGCGUACCACCAUCACGACCAUGUCUUCGAUCGGUACGCCGGGCUCCAACCGGUUGAAGCUUUCCGUGCCGAACCGGAACCGCAGCAACAGCAACAACAGCAAGAGCAGCAGCAUGCGCACGGAAAUCUUCGACAUCCGGCACGGUAUCCAUCCGCUACGGGUGAGCAGUGUGAGCAGCGGCACCGACGGCAGCCACGAAGAGGAGGAGUACGAAGAGGAGGAUGCGCACGGGAGGCGGCGGCGUCGGCAGGAAGUCGACGAUGAGGAGGAGCGACGGUCGCGCGGAUCGUCCAUCGACAACAGCUCGAUCACGUCGUCGACGGCGAACCUGAUCCUGUGCGAGAUGAACCAUCUGCGGGAAAGUAUCGCGAGCAAGAAGGCCGAGAUCAUGAAAAUCCUCGAAACGAACGGCGACAAGAAGCUGCUGGACGGGAAGAUCGGCGAGUUGCAGGAUCUGCAGAAGCGCAUCGUGCAGCUGGAGAUCAAAAUACAGGAUGUGGAGAAGAGCUGCCUGUCCGAUGGGGAGUUGCAGCUGGACUCGAUGCGGGACAUUCCCGAAAGCUUUACCGACAGCGACGAUAGCCGGGUGGGCAACUCGUGCAUCUAUCCCGGGUAUAUGCGGGCGCGCGACCAGGGCAGUAUCUACGCACCAAGUGUUACGCGAUCGUUGCCGUCCAUCGAAGGAACUUAUCGUUCGGAUCAUCUGAUAAACAUCCCGACGUACAUUAUCCGAGGCGCGGGAAAGCAAACGCACUACGAGUAUGAGGUGAAAAUAAAUCUGCCAGAUGAACGAUGGACCUUGCUGCGACGGUACAGCCGCUUUCGUGAACUGCAUCUAACGAUGAAGAAACUGUACGGUGAUAAGAUUGCUACCAUACCUUUCCCGCGGCGAGAACUGUUCGCUUCAAACACGGAAUCGGUAGCGAAAACGCGUCGUCGCCAGCUAGAAACGUACCUGCGCCGACUGCUGGUGGUGUGUGCCAAAAUUCCCCACUGUUCCAUCUACGAGGGUGAGGGACGGCCCGGACUAACCAAGCAGACGCUUAUCGAGUUUCAUACAUUUUUCAAGAAAGGUUUGUUCGAAACUGGCAAACAUGGCACGGGAUAUUCUAGAAGAAACUCGUGUGCAUUAACUCAUUGUCUGUUAGAUAAAGGGUUCAAAGUUAUUAAGUGCCGGGAUGAGAUCAAUAAGUACGAAGCGGAGCUGUCCGAGAAGGAGCAACAGCUGGCGGAAAGCACACAAAAGAUUGCCGACCUGGAUCAAAAGAUUAUGGAGCUGGAGCAGCAAAACAGGGAACUGUUGCAGCAGCGAACACAACAAGAGCUGGAAUUGAUUCAGCAGAAGAAGCUUGGGAUGACACUGAACCUCACGCACACAAAUGGUGCAGACGAUGGUGAGGGUACGGGCGAGCAGGCCGGCUUACUGCUGGGCUCAAACCGUGCCGGAACGCUGGAAACGUGCGACACGUUCCACACGGCCAACUCGGACUGUUCCUUCGUGUCCGCGCUUAACACGCCCGCCCUAAACUCGCUGAAUCAACUCAUACCGACACCCAGCUCGACGGAAGACGGUACCGAAUCAGAUACGGGCGAUCGUGACUACGAGGAAGCCACCUCGAACGGGGGCCUGCUACACGGCAGUAUGAGCGACAGCGGUGUGAGUUUCGAAACGAAUCGAGCCACCGAUACGGCCGCAGCACUGCACACGGAGGUGGAUGAAAACGAAAGUGAAGGUAGCGUUGACAGGCAGAGCAGCGGGGCGGCUAGCGGGACGGCCAAACUGCUGUUUCAAUCAGACGACCACUGUCUGCUGCUUGCCACCUCGUCCACACCGAAUCCAAAGUACGGCGGUAAAAAGCUGCCGACCACAACCACGACCGUAAUCGUGACGGAUGGCGGUGGGCUGUUGAAGGCGAACCAGCAGCAACCGCAGCAAUCGCCGCGGAUGCGCCACAAGUCCUCGGACUCGGAGGAGGAGCGUACCACCAUCACGACCAUGUCUUCGAUCGGUACGCCGGGCUCCAACCGGUUGAAGCUUUCCGUGCCGAACCGGAACCGCAGCAACAGCAACAACAGCAAGAGCAGCAGCAUGCGCACGGAAAUCUUCGACAUCCGGCACGGUAUCCAUCCGCUACGGGUGAGCAGUGUGAGCAGCGGCACCGACGGCAGCCACGAAGAGGAGGAGUACGAAGAGGAGGAUGCGCACGGGAGGCGGCGGCGUCGGCAGGAAGUCGACGAUGAGGAGGAGCGACGGUCGCGCGGAUCGUCCAUCGACAACAGCUCGAUCACGUCGUCGACGGCGAACCUGAUCCUGUGCGAGAUGAACCAUCUGCGGGAAAGUAUCGCGAGCAAGAAGGCCGAGAUCAUGAAAAUCCUCGAAACGAACGGCGACAAGAAGCUGCUGGACGGGAAGAUCGGCGAGUUGCAGGAUCUGCAGAAGCGCAUCGUGCAGCUGGAGAUCAAAAUACAGGAUGUGGAGAAGAGCUGCCUGUCCGAUGGGGAGUUGCAGCUGGACUCGAUGCGGGACAUUCCCGAAAGCUUUACCGACAGCGACGAUAGCCGGGUGGGCAACUCGUGCAUCUAUCCCGGGUAUAUGCGGGCGCGCGACCAGGGCAGUAUCUACGCACCAAGUGUUACGCGAUCGUUGCCGUCCAUCGAAGGAACUUAUCGUUCGGAUCAUCUGAUAAACAUCCCGACGUACAUUAUCCGAGGCGCGGGAAAGCAAACGCACUACGAGUAUGAGGUGAAAAUAAAUCUGCCAGAUGAACGAUGGACCUUGCUGCGACGGUACAGCCGCUUUCGUGAACUGCAUCUAACGAUGAAGAAACUGUACGGUGAUAAGAUUGCUACCAUACCUUUCCCGCGGCGAGAACUGUUCGCUUCAAACACGGAAUCGGUAGCGAAAACGCGUCGUCGCCAGCUAGAAACGUACCUGCGCCGACUGCUGGUGGUGUGUGCCAAAAUUCCCCACUGUUCCAUCUACGAGGGUGAGGGACGGCCCGGACUAACCAAGCAGACGCUUAUCGAGUUUCAUACAUUUUUCAAGAAAGGUUUGUUCGAAACUGGCAAACAUGGCACGGGAUAGUAGCACACCUGUGUCGGAGCGUGGCUAGAUCCUGCCCUGCCAGGUCGGCGGCAUUGGUUUCGGGCGUUUUAAUUUUGUGAUGUAAAAGACUUGUAGAUUUCUAUGCCAAGGCGUACUUGUGUUAGGUCUAUUUUAGGUUUUAGGUAGCAUUAAAAUGAAAAAAAAAACAACUAGUUAGGAAGCAAUCGACCCAUUCAAGGGUCUCUGUACUCUGUUUCCGUUAGUUUGUUGAGUAGCGAUUGUGCAAAUGAUCCUAGGGAAUGUGUUUUAAAUGUGUACGUUACGCUAUUUUUCUAUUUACCAAUCCUCUCCCCUCAUAGUUUUGUGGUGGCCUUUAAUUAAUCCACGACGGUGUCUUACCCAUUUAGAAUCGCGAAUAGCACAGCAUGUUAGGCUCAAAGCAGAAAUGACAAAACAAUGACAAUAAUAGCAUCGUCCUCCUGCACUUGUUGCAAUGUGUGGUGAAACGUUCAAAACGGAUCUACGGUUCCAUCCAUCCAUACAUUCAGCCUCUUUCGGCGGAAGUGUGUCCAUCGAACAGCCACCGUCCUGCCCGUAGUAGCUUCACCGGACUUUAUCGUUGCAAUGGAUAAAGUGUUGUCAGGUUGAAAGCGUAUCGGGCAAUAGAGACGUUUCGGUUAAGAUGGAAUGGGUGGAUAAAGCAUGAAAGGUAAAUGUAUAUAAGUGCACAUCGGUUAGCCAUUGCGCGUUGGUUACAAUCCUUUUAUAGUAAGUAAAUCGAUUGAAAGAUAGCUUUAGGUUUAGCUAAGUUUGCUAGUAGAGAAUAAGGUGAAAAAAGCUAGUUUCCUUUUCCGUUACGUUUUAUAACAUCAUGAAUAUAUAUAAGGCAGAGGAGCGAUCAUAUUAAAAUCGUUAAAGUCUACAUACAAAGAAGAGAAAAAAAACAAAAACACAUCUGAUCGUCACGAAAUCAUAAUCGCAUCAUAUCAACAAUACGUACAACACGCGUAAUUCUUGUAACUGUGUUCCGGUUAGAUAAAACUGUUCAUCAAUUGUAACUAACUGUGAUUAUUCACCCCCUGCCCCCAACCCUUCCUAACCCUAGUUGUGCUAGAUCCCAUGUUCCCUCGCGCCCGCAGUUAUCUAGUUGAUGCUUGUUAGAAAAUCCCAAACCCCCCCUGCCAAAGAAUGGUACUGCUACAAUGCGCAAUAUAAUAUCAUCGUCGAGUGCUUUUCCAUAAUUCAGACAGAUCAUAGUUUACAUCCCUAGCCCUUCACGUUAGUCAUCUCUCGUUCGAUUUUCGUCUCACAAACUGUAUAGUUCUAGAAGAAACUCGUGUGCAUUAACUCAUUGUCUGUUAGAUAAAGGGUUCAAAGUUAUUAAGUGCGUAAGAAAUUUAUUUUAUGAAUAGAGAGCGAGAGAAAAAAAGAGAGGGAGAGAAAUAGAGAGAGAAAGAGAUAGAGAAACGUAAGCGAAAAUCUAGCUUUAGGGCACUAUGUUGUGCACUCAACGCAUGCGUUCGUCUCUUGCUAGCGCUCGUGGUUCUUCCUAGAUUUUGAAUGCAGUUUUUCUUUGAAGCUAUAAAUCGAUUGUUAUUCUUUUCUACGUGCUGCUUUCAAUUGGGCUCAGAGUAGUGCUUGCUCGCACGAAAUGCAGCAUAGUAUUAAGUAACUCAGGAGCUUGUUUACAUCAGAGGCCUGUAUGUUAGGAUAUUGGAAUCGAAA